AGCUUAGCAUGCAUGGCUAUAUAGGCAGCAGAGAACUCACGGAGUCUGUAUUUUUCUUUCCAUUUAACACCUUGAGAAUUUAGUUCUCCUUUUUUUUCCUUUUUCUUUUUCACUCAAGUUAAACAAGCACAAACAAGCACGCCUGAAAAUGUUUGCUGUGAAAGCAUUGCCUCUCGCGGUCGUCGUUGUGUUGUUAGGCACGCAGGCAGUUCGGACAGCACCGAAAGCGGGCAAGGCACCCACAGGGUUGGCUCCUGAAGAGGUUUUUAAGGAAGUGGAAGUCAAAGGGAAACCGAAAGCCAUCAAAAUCGAACAAGAAAAGUUUAAACCUUCAGUGGAAGGAGAAAAGCGCUACUCAGAUAACAGUCAUCGUCUGUCUGAGAGAUCAACUGAAACGUGCACUGAGGAGUAUAAGAAGCGCCCCGGUCACACAAUGUGCAUGACUGACCUGCCAAACAUCGAGGAGUCCGGGCUGAAGGACGGAGAUUCCACCACCGUCGUCAACGAUCACAACAAGUUCCGCGGAAUAGUGGAGCCGCCCGCCACAGAUAUGCCCAAAAUGAUAUGGAACGAACAACUGGCGGCCGUGGCACAGAAAUGGGCAAAUCAGUGUCAACUUGAGCACGACGAUGACCGUAGUUUAGUAGGCUUUACCGAGCCCGUGGGUCAGAAUGUGGCUGCGGGACACCUUAGCUGGUCAGAAGCUAUCAAGGCCUGGUAUGACGAGAUUUCGGACUGGAAAUACGGCGUGGAUCCAGAAACCUACUUGCCGGAUGGAGUUAUGAUCGGUCACUUCACCCAGAUGGUUUCCAACGCAACAACGUUGAUUGGCUGUGGAUAUGCGUCAUGCUCAGAGACCUAUUACACGAGGUACUACGUUUGUAAUUACUUAAUCGGUCAAAGUACAACUACAAAAAUGUACCCCUACACAAAAGGAGAGCGAUGUGCAGCAUGUCCCCAAAACUGCAAGGAAGGAGUUUGUGAUUGUGGAGGAAAAUUUUGUAAAAACCAAGGCAAAAUAGAUCCCGGCACUUGCGAAUGUUCAUGUCCGGUACCGUUCAAGGGAGACGUCUGCACAGAUGUCGCCUGUCCCCCUAGUGACCCACCAGCAUGUGGGACGACAUUCUUACAAGCCCAGUGCAAGUACAGUUAUGUCCGUAAACAGUGCCCAUACAUGUGCGAUCUCUGCACAGAGGAGAACAAGAAAAUAUUUGAGGACGUUGAACUAGGAACUGGAAUCAAAGUUAACGGCUUCGACUACUUCAAGUCUAAACAUGGUUGCCCUUUUUACGGCACCAGACCAUCCAAAGAGGAAUGUAAGACGUACGGAAAUAAGGGAGCAGACCAAGCAUACGCCUGCGCAACGGGCUCCGGGUCCUAUGGCUGUGACGCCUGUGUUAAGUUCUCCAACGUAGCUACAGACUAUUGCCCGGUUAUGUGUGGAUAUUGCGACGAAAGGGAUUUGUCGGCGGUGAAUGAUGUAAAGCCUGGUACUGGAACCACCAUUGAUGGUGAACCAUUUUUCAAGUCUCUCCAAGGCUGUCCAUUUUGGGGACCUCGUCCAUCCGCAGAUGAGUGCGCCAGUUAUGGAGAGGGUGGUAAGGACAAGUCAUUCUGUUCCAACGCUGGGUGUGACGCAUGUGAGAAGUACUCCGAAAUGGGAACCGAUUAUUGCCCUGCCAUGUGUGGACUAUGCGACCCCUAGACUGAUUUCCAAGAAAAACAACCCAGUGGGUGAACGUUCACAACUUUUAGAUAACCUAUUCAUAUGCGUAUUUAUUCUUCACUUGUUUGUAUAUCCCAUGUAGGUCUUUCAUCGAUCAUUAUGACAAUUUUAAAGUGAAAAGUGUUCGUCGGUGUUGCAUAAGUACGUGAAAAAUAAAGUCACGCGAAAUGC